CUGUCCGACUGAAAUCGAUUCGACGUGACCUGUGUGCCUCACCAUGGAAUCAUCUCCUCGCGAAGAUUCUAUUUCUGGCUUCGUCACAUGUCUGUGAAAUGGGUUGAUGGUUUCGAAGUCCAGGGGGUUUGAGAAGAGCCUCAUGCUUGAGCUGCAUCGGUGAUGCUCUUCGGUGUCGAUGUCAAUGCAUUCUUUGGCGUAGAAGCCCUCAUUCGUCCCAAGGGGAUCCCCGUCGGAGGAGUCCACUGGCAGUAUUAUGAGCGAUUGGCCGAGGGAUAGAAGUGGGUGUCUUCGCGGUAGCGCAACAGGACGAGGAGCAAUCCGAUCAAUCCUCUUUCCGUCGAAUGCGAAUAGGUCCCUUGAUCUCAUCCACGGCAACAUCCCUCCCAACAACCUCGCCCCUUUGCAAAAUCUCGCACGCUCCAUCCUCCCUCAUCUCCGCGGCCAACUGGCGAAUAUCGGACAUGGCAUCUCGCCACUCUUGAUAGCCCAGUUCGCUCAACUCCUCACGAGUCAGUGCACGCGCCACCUCAGACGGACAAAAGGUCUUGGGCGGCUGUCGCUUGUGCAAGAAAUCGGCGAGAUGUCGUGCCAACGCCAUCUGUGGAACGCGAACUACUGCGUGCAAGACCAGAAGCAGAGCAUGGCCGCAGCGGAGUGGGUGGUUGGUGGAUGUUGUGCGACUGCAAGACGGUGCACGUUUAGGUUGAUGGAAAUAGGUUUCAUCUACUUCAUUCAGCUCCGCAAGUGGCCUAGCGCUAGGCUGAAACGUUGGUGCGCUUCUAGCCGUGGGGAUCGGCGACGAGAAAGAAGCUUCGACAGUAUACCGUCGUCUCGCAUUCACCUCUCGCAGCGGUUGAUGCAAGAGAUGGAGCCGACUAGCGCUCGUUGACGCCGUUCUCAGUCGACCAUCUGACACUGCUCACUCGCCUAUACAGCUAGGCGAC